AUGGCGUGCGGGGAAAGGGGAGCGGGCGGCGCGCGCGUGUUUUUUUCCCCCCUCGCUCCGCUCUCCCGCGCCGGCUCCUCCCCUCCUCCUCCUCCUGCCCGGCUCUGCCUUCCCAGCCGGGCCGCCUCGCGCGGGGGGCGGAGGAGGCAGCGCGGGCAGGGGGGCGUGGCCCGGGGGGUGCCGCUGGCCGGAGGGCGAGUCGCGCAGGCAGCCGGCGCCGUCUCUGCCGCCGCCGCCGCUCCCCCCGCGGGGAAGGGCCUCGAUCCGCGCGCCCCCCCCACCCUCGGUGCACCCCCCUCCCCGAUGGAGCCCAAGCCGCGGCUCUCCAAGCGCGCCGCUCCCCCCGGCGCCCGGAUCUGCUCCCCGCCGCCCGGCUUGACGUCCGCCAGCCCCUGUUGCUGCCCCGACGGCAGCCCCCCAGCCGCCGGCUUGCACGGAGGGCUCCUCGCCCCCUGCAAGCCGCCGCCCCCGCCGCCCUCCUCCGCCGGCAACGCCGUCUACACGGUGCUGGUGGGGGACCGCAGGAGAAGCCGGCGCCGGAGCUGCGAGGACGGCGACGCCAGGAGCCCCCCCGGGAAAAACCGGCUGCAGGUUUGGCAGAAGAGCCCCACUCACUGCAAUGGGAAGACCGUUUGGGGAGAAGUGGAACCGUUCAACGGCCAGCCUAGGCACCUUUCGGAUCCCUUGGGGCUAAAGGGGCCCGAGGAAGAGACGGUGGCGCUGCAGAUACUCGACCAGAUGCCCCCGAACCCAUCGGCUUACAUCCCGGUUCCCAGACAAAGGUACGCUCUUUGGGCAGGUGGGGCUGAGAGAGGUCAGAGAGAACUGUGACUAGCCC